AUGUCGAUACCAAUGGACGCGGCCGCGAAGGCCGGCGGCGACUCGUCUACGACUCAGGUGCAAAACUUAAGCAUCCAGGAGCUCAACAUGUUGAUUUUACGUCUGGAAGAGGAAGUCAACCAGAUGCAGACUCUGGUGAACGUGCUCACCGUUGCCGUUGAGCGCUUCCAGGAGUCCAAGAGUUGCUUAAACGAACUCUCUGACCGCAAGCACGAGAUUCAGGUGCCUUUAACUUCCCUUGUCUACGUGCCAGGCGAGAUUGCGAACCCCGGGAAGGUGCUUGUUGCCGUUGGAACGGGUUAUUUCAUUGAGAUGACCGUGGAGAAGGCUCAUGAGUUUUACGAACGUAAGAUCGGCGUCGUUGAGGACCAGUUGCGGAAGCUUCACACGAUUUGCUCAUCCAAGAACAAACAAAUUACGCAGACAUACUCAAUGCUCGAUCACAAGCUAAACCUUCUGCGUAAUGCCCAGGCCGCUGCGCCUGCUGGCGCUGCUGUCUGA